AUGGACGAGAAAAACCAAGUUCGUCAAUUUAUCUAUUCCAACUCAAGCAUCAGCACGGAGAAUGGACAGCAUCUAUAUUACAUCAAAACGUCUAAAUGGCCAUCAAGCAGACCCGAUGUAGCUCUUCACUUUGGCUCUAAUAAGAAUAGCCCGACAGUCGCGGUGUGCGACUUUGGCAAAUGGUCGGGAGACAAAAUCGCUCUGGGCGACCCCGGCAAAACAGGCCUCAAAUGGGCGCCAUUCGAGCGGCAUUCCACGUUCAGUCCCGAGUAUCAAUGGUCAUUCAACGUGCCGGGUGUCGGUCAACAGACAUUUUCAUGGAAACGCACUCAUUCCGAGGGCAUUGACGGGCACAAACCGAGCGGGUUUUCAUCGGGGAAUUACAAGAUGGUGGAGACUCGCACAAAGAGGGUGAUUGCGGUUUAUAACAACGGAGGAGGGGUCUUCUCUGGGAGAAGCAAGAAAUUCCAAAUCAACGUGAACUAUGGCAGAGAUUUCGAUUCUUUGGUCUUACUGACGGGUUGUGCUAUGCUCGAAAAGGCACGCCGAAACGCUUCACGGGGCGCAGCGGCUGGGGCAGCAGGUGGUGGUGCCGCUGGCGGAGCCGCUGGCGGAGGGGGAUUCGUGCCUUACCAGUCGCUCACGGUUGGCAUUCCGCGCGAGACGUUUCCCAAUGAGCGUCGUGUGGCUAUCACGCCGCAAAACGUAGCGCUUCUCUUGAAAAAGGGCUUUUCGAGGGUUCUGAUAGAAAGCGGCGCUGGCGCUGAAGCUCAGUUCACCGACGAAGCUUACAGAAAGGCUGGCGCAAUUAUCGUGGAGAGGGAUGUAGUCUGGUCUCAGAGCGACAUUCUUCUCAAGGUCCGCGCGCCCAGUAUAGAGGAUGGUACUAAGAAUGAAGUUAAUUUAAUGCGCAACGGUGCGACCAUCAUCUCGUUCCUUUAUCCUGCGCAGAACAAACCGGUCGUCGAAGCCCUCGCGGGACGCGGAAUUACUUCUUUUGCCAUGGACAAGAUUCCUCGAAUUUCACGCGCUCAAGUAUUUGACGCACUAAGGAUCGUCGACGAUCAGUUCAAUGGCCAAUAUUGCUGGAUACCGCCUAGCAAAGUCCUUGUGAUCGGAGCCGGAGUUGCUGGUCUGAGCGCAAUCGGAGCUGCACGUCGUAAUGGCGCAAUUGUUCGUGCAUUCGAUACGCGUCCCGCCGCUCGUGAGCAGGUACAAUCCUUGGGAGCAGAGUUCAUCGAAGUCGAUUUGGAAGAGGACGGCUCUGGCCAGGGCGGAUAUGCCAAAGAGAUGUCAAAGGAGUUUAUUGAGGCUGAGAUGAAGCUUUUUAUGGAGCAGUGUCGAGAAGUUGAUAUAGUCAUUACAACUGCCCUCAUUCCUGGCAGACCGGCACCAAAACUCAUUACUAAAGAGAUGGUGCAUGCAAUGAAACCUGGAUCGGUCAUUGUCGAUCUGGCUGCUGAGGCUGGAGGCAACUGUGAAGCUACGGUACCUGGAGAGUUAGCUAUCUAUGACGGAGUGAAGGUAAUUGGAUACACCGAUUUGCCUUCGCGGCUACCGACUCAAUCGUCUACACUGUACUCAAACAAUAUCACAAAAUUUCUACUCUCUCUUGCAGACAAAGACAAAGGCUUUAACGUUGAUCUAAACGACGAAGUGACUCGUGGCGCAAUAGUGAGCUUCAACGGCGAGAUACUACCACCGCCUCCGCCCCCUACACCUCCUCCCACGCCUACUGCUGGCACAGUUCAGGCCCAAGCAAAAGAGGUAAAGGCAGUUGAAGUGACUCCAUGGCAAAAGGCAACACGUCAAGUGGCUACGGUGACGGCGGGKAUGGGUUCAGCUCUUGCUCUAGGGAAACUGACCGGUCCUGCUUUCAUGGGUAACAUGUUCACGUUUGGACUGGCUGGACUUGUGGGCUAUCGCGCAGUAUGGGGCGUUGUACCUGCUUUGCACUCUCCCCUGAUGAGUGUGACUAACGCCAUUUCAGGAAUGGUUGGCAUCGGUGGUCUCUUCGUCAUGGGUGGAGGUUAUCUUCCGACCACCAUCCCUGAAGCUCUGGGAGCACUGUCUGUGUUACUCGCCUUUGUCAAUGUGUCUGGAGGUUUCGUGAUUACCAAGCGCAUGCUGGACAUGUUUAAGCGUCCUACUGAUCCUCCGGAAUACCCCUGGCUAUAUGCGAUACCGGGUGUGAUCUUCGGCGGCGGAUACAUUGCUGCUGCUUCCACUGGCUCUAUAUCCGGUCUUGCUUCUCAAUUAACUGCGCGUCGAGGAAACAUACUUGGAAUCCUAGGUGUCAGCUCAGGUUUUCUAGCCUCUUUACUAGCAGUCGGAUUUUCUCCAGCAACAUUGGUACAAUUCGGCGCUGUCGCUGGUCUUGGUGGUUUGCUAGGUGCUGUAAUUGGACGUCGCAUCACUCCAACUGGUUUACCCCAGACAGUCGCGGCUCUGCACUCAGUGGUCGGUCUAGCAGCAGUUCUUACAAGUAUCGGAAGUGUCAUGGCAGAAAUCGCUCAUGUUUCGACGCUACACAUGGUGACGGCCUACUUGGGAGUCCUCAUUGGUGGUGUCACAUUUACAGGGUCAAUCGUGGCUUUCUUGAAACUGGCUGGUCGCAUGAAGUCUACCCCGACUAUUCUACCAGGUAGACACGUCAUUAACUCGUCGCUCCUUGGGGCAAAUAUUGCAACAAUGAGCGCGUUUGUUACCAUGGCUCCCGGGGCCCCUGUUAUUGCUGCAACUUGUCUAGGAGCAAACACGGUGCUUAGUUUCCUGAAGGGAUACACAACAACGGCUGCUAUCGGAGGUGCUGAUAUGCCCGUCGUUAUUACUGUGCUGAACGCCUAUUCUGGCUUCGCACUGGUCGCCGAGGGAUUUAUGCUCGAUAACCCUCUGCUGACCACGGUUGGCUCGCUCAUUGGAUGUGUUGCAAUGAAUCGGUCUCUGACAAACGUACUCUUCGGCGGGAUCGCGCCCAUACAAGCGAGUAAGAAGAUCGAGGGCGAAGUGGUGACGACAUCUGUCGAUGAAACGGUGGAUGCUUUGGCUAGUGCAGAGAAUGUUAUUAUUGUCGUCGGCUACGGUAUGGCAGUCGCCAAAGCACAAUAUGCCAUAUCCGAAAUUACAAAGAUGCUGCGAUCCAAAGGAGUCAAUGUGCGUUUUGCAAUCCAUCCAGUCGCAGGGCGAAUGCCUGGCCAAUGCAAUGUGCUCCUUGCGGAGGCCUCUGUUCCUUAUGACAUCGUGCUUGAAAUGGACGAAAUCAACGACGACUUCAACGACACCGACGUAACCCUCGUCAUCGGGGCAAACGACACAGUGAACCCGAUCGCCCUCGAGCCAGACUCGCCCAUCUCGGGAAUGCCGGUAUUGCAGGCAUGGAAGAGCAAAGAGGUCAUUGUCAUGAAACGCGGAAUGUCGAGUGGAUAUGCCGAUGUGCCGAAUCCGAUGUUCUAUAUGGACAAUACGAAGAUGUUGUUUGGGGAUGCGAAGAGUUCGUGUGAUGCUAUCAAGAGUGCAUUGGAGAGUCGGAAGUGA